AUGUCUUGUUCAGCUCUUCAUGCCCCAGACGAAAUACGCGCAGCUGCAACGGCGGUUGGAAACGCACUUGCUCGUGGUGAAAAGUAUGCCCUUGUUGGCGGCAGUGCAUGUGUGGUUUUAGGCUCUAGUCGGACAACUCAACACGUAGAUUUUGUUGUUCUUCGGGGUGGUAUCUCCAGCGCAAGGCAGUUGCUGCGUGCCUCCUCUGACUUUGAGAUUGAAGCAAGAACAAACCAUACAACGUAUAGGGCAACAAGGCCUGUACAGAUCGACAUCCUUGCACCACCUUCUUUGUUUCAAGAGCCCUUUGAUCAAAGUACUGAGGUAAUAACAAUCGGAGGCAUCAAGAUUUUGAAGCCAGCCUUGCUUCUGAACGCAAUAUGUGGUUCCAUCACUGGCCGAUUUACAGAGGAGAAGAGGAAAACCGAUUCUCUGGAUAUUUGGUUUCUCCUCGAAUUCUGCGCUCGAAACCCAGAACAUCUUCCAAAAUCCAGCGAAGUUCCCAACGCCACAAAGCAAUUCGUUCAGGAGCUUAUCCAGCUCUACGGAGGCGAGGAAGACUGGGUCCGAGCUGGUUAUAACUUACAUACGGGUCGUUUUAACAGAGACUAG